AUGCCGAGAGUGAUUGUGUAUGUGCGGUUUCCGUAUCCCCGAGGAGGCCUGGAAGACCCACCUAUCGUUAAUUGGGACGAGGACAAGGAGCGAGAGCUGUGGGCCCUGCUGAAGGCCCCCAGCAACAAGGUUGAGUGGGCGGCGUUGGCCAAGAAGUUCGAUGCGCCCGUGGUCUAUAUCUUGCAGCAAGCAGCAUGGCUUUAUGAGAAGGAAUUGAAAACACUGAGACACCGCAUGACCCAGAUCAGGACGCAGGUAACCAGCGAGUCCAACCAGCCCUCGCGACAGUCGUCUGCUCCACCCAUAGACUAUGAGACAACCGAGGUCAGCCGGUCGCUAGAUUCGCUGUCAUCUGAGGAAAUGACGCCCGCUCGCAGACUUAUGUCUGCUUCCCAGAUGCCUGAUGUGAACCAGUCGAACGAAUCCAGCCUCGACGAAAGCACCGAGGCCUUUGUCCCGCAAGCAUGGGGUGCGGCCAGCCACGCUUCUGUGCCCGGACUCACCAGCUCGUCCGAAAACAGUGUCUCUCGCAGCGCACUCGAAGAGGCUCUGAUGAACCGCUUGGGGAGCAGCCGGUAG